AUGCCACUCCGGCCCCGUUUACCCGGCAUCGAUUUACUACCCGAGGGCCUAAGCGCUAAGCCCAAUGGCAUUGCACAGGUCAUACCAGCGGGGCUUGAGCCUAAGGAGAUCCCCCUGAGCGCCCCAGAGAACUCACCGUGCUACCCUUCCGGCAAGGCUCCAGGAAGCACAAGCCAUGACAUUGAUGUCGGGUCUUCGGGGGCCCGCAUUAGACCUGCUCGUCCUUUCGAAGAGUACACCGAAUCAGUCCGGCUUCUUAGUUCUCAAGUGGGGGCGGAGGACCAGUCCGAGCUCGCACAGGCCUGGGUUGCCGGUCUCAACAACCAGGUCAUCAGUGCUGCAGUCCGAACCAGUAUGCUGUCCUGGGAUAAAGUAAAAAUCCCGAAAACGGUCGCUUUCGUCAGGCAAGCGUUAGGAAACCAGGCCUCAGAGUACGCUGCCCCUCCGCGUACGGAGUCAGAAAAGGUUGCUGCCGCUCUCUCAGACCUGACUGAAAUGAUGAAGGGGGCACCUACAGUUUAUCAGGCUCUAUCAGGUUUAUCAGGCUCUAUCAGGCGGGUCAGCCCGAAAACCCCAUCCCGGAGAAUCACCAACCAGUUCAAUAAUGCCCUCGACCCGUGCUCCUCAACAACCGGAGGAUGA